GUUUCAGAGGAACGAAGCGACACGAGAUUCGAUUCCACAGCGCCUGUCGUCAUAUUUCUUCUGCCCUCCGCCCUCCAUCCCUCCACAUUCAACUCUUUCCUUCCCCCCCCUCCUCAUCCAUCACCUCACAACCACACGCCACUCAUGGUCGUCAUCAACUCGGCCCUCCUGGCCAAAAAGUUUCCGCAGUUGCCUGUCAACGACGUCGACAACCUUGUCAACCAGUUCCGUCGCUUCGAUAUCGACGGACGUGGCCAAAUUGACCAAAAGGACCUUGUUAAGGUCAUCCAAGAGAUUGGUGAGGGUCAGUCCUACGAUCAGAUUCGCGCUACCAUCAAAACGGUUGACAUCAAUGCCACCGGAAAGGUCGAAGUCGACGAGUUCCUUGAGAUUGUGUCCAAGUUGCGCGAGGGUGGUGCCAAUGCCCCAACGUCGGGCAAGAAGGUCAUCCAGGUCAAGGGCGCCAACCAGAACAUCACCCACUCUAUGAACGAUGACGAACGCUCCGAGUUCACGGCACAUAUUAACUCUGUCCUGGCCGGCGAUAUGCAUAUCGGAGACAGGAUUCCUAUCCCUACACAUACGAUGCAGGUCUUUGACGAGUGUCGAGAUGGUCUUUUGCUGUGCAAACUCAUCAACGACUCUGUGCCUGACACGAUCGAUGAACGUGUCCUGAACGUUAAGAACAAGCUGUCCAACUUCCAGAUCAUCGAAAACAACAACGUCGCUAUCAAUUCGGCCAAGGCUAUUGGAUGCAGUAUCGUCAACAUUGGACCUCAGGAUAUCAUGGACGGACGUGAGCACUUGAUUCUGGGUCUCAUCUGGCAAAUUAUCAAGGCCGGUUUGCUUUCCAAGAUCGAUAUUCGUCUUCAUCCCGAGCUGUACCGUCUCUUGGAGGAGGACGAGUCUCUGGAGGCAUUCCUCCGUCUUCCACCAGAGCAGAUUUUGUUGAGAUGGUUCAACUACCACUUGAAGGCAGCAGGAUGGCACCGCACUGUCAACAAUUUUAGUACAGAUGUCAAAGACGGUGAAAACUACACAAUCCUGCUUAAUCAGCUGGCGCCGGAUCUUUGCUCCAGGAACCCACUUCGGGAGAACGACCUCUACACGCGUGCAGAACAGAUUCUUCAAAACGCAGAAAAGCUCAACUGCCGCAAGUAUUUGUCACCGCAGUCGCUCGUUGCUGGAAACCCCAAGCUGAACUUGGCUUUUGUUGCCAACCUGUUCAACAACCACCCUGGUCUCGACCCACUGGAGGAGGUUGAGCGUCCAGAGCUGCCUGAUACGGAGGGUGAUCGUGAGGCCAGAGUCUUUGCUCUUUGGCUGAACAGUUUGGAUGUCGACCCUUUCGUGAAUAACCUGUACACCGAUCUCCAGGAUGGAGUGGUUCUCUUGCAGGCAUUUGACAAGAUGCACCCAGGCAUUGUGGACUGGAAGCGCGUCAGCCGUAGACAGCCCCUGAACCGCUUCAAGCAGGUCGAAAACACCAACUACGCUAUCAUGAUCGGACAGCAUCUUCGCUACACACUCGUCAACAUGCAGGGCGCCGAUAUUGUGGAUGGAAGCCCUACGCUGACGCUGGGCAUUGUCUGGCAGAUGAUGCGCGAGAACGUGACCCAGACGAUGAAGAAGCUGUCAAAGUCUGGAAGGGAUAUCACGGAUAUGGAGAUGAUUCGUUGGGCCAACGAAACUGUCCAGCGCGGUGGCAAGACAAGCAAGGUCGGUAGCUUCAAGGAUCCGUCAUUCAAGACUGGAGUCUUUGUAUGCGAUGUCCUGAAUGGAGUGCGCCCUGGAUCGGUUGACUACGCUAUGGUCAACCGUGGAACGUCGUUGGAGGACGCUAAGCUGAAUGCCAAGUACGCCAUUUCGGUUGCAAGAAAGAUUGGCGCAGUUAUCUUUGUCCUUCCCGAGGAUAUUAUUGAGUGCCGUGCUAAACUUAUUCUUACCUUCAUCGGUUCUCUGAUGGCUAUUGACACAGCUGGCAAGGCGUAAAAGAAAAACAACGAAGACAUCUGCUCAUCAACCAUUGUAAUAAAAUAAUUUUGCGUCUAUGCUGUUGUGCUGGACUUGAU